GGGCGCCGCUGGCCUGAUCCUGCAGCCGGGUUUCCCCUUCCUGCUUCAGAGCCAGAGACCAGCCGGGCGCCCCUCCUCCCUCUCUGCCCCGCGGCUCCGAAGCGGUUAACAGCGACCACAGAGCUUCGAUUCCUAGAGCGGAAGGGAAGACUGGGGGAGAGAGGAGGCGCUUCCGCUUCCUGUUCCGCUUCCCCGGGUUGAUACUGUCCUUCCUGGAGGGAUCAGUGAGCUUUGACAAGUGUCCUUGCAUUUUGCUGACAACAACUGGGCCCUGCAGAGAGCUCUGUACAAGGACGUCAUGGUGGAGGUUCAUGAGAUGGUGGCCUCUCAGGGAGAUGUUUGGGGGGUCCUGGAUGAGGAGGAGCCAUCAGAAGUCUGGCCAGAAAGAGGUGAGGAGCAAGAGAAGGAAAGGAAGUUGGGGGUUCAAGAUGGAGCCAACAAACAAGAGGGGAGAGAAACAGUGAAGCCAAGGGAUGAACACAGUGUUUCCCAAGAAGAUGAAAAUCAACUUAACAGGGUGGAGAAAAAACAUGAAUGUACUGUGUGCGGAAAGAGAUUCUGUAGUCGCUCAGCCCUUGUUAGACAUCAAAGCGUACACUCAGGGGAAAAACCAUAUAAAUGCCUGGAGUGUGGAAAGAGAUUCAGAAACAGUAGCCACCUUAAUGUGCAUCAAAGAACUCAUACAGGGGAGAAACCUUAUAAAUGCUGGGAAUGUGGAAAGAGUUUCUUUGACAGUAGUACCCUUACUAAACAUCAAAGAACUCACACAGGAAAACCAUAUACAUGCAUGGAGUGUGGAAAGAGCUUCAAUCAGAGUGCCUCCCUUAAUGUGCAUCGAAGAUCUCAUACAGGUGAAAAACCUUAUAAAUGCAUGGAGUGUGGAAAGAGCUUCAGUUGCAGCAAGUCUGUUAAAACGCAUCAUAUAAUUCACACACAGGAAAACCAUAUAAAUCCAUAUAAAUGCAUGGAGUGUGGAAAGAGUUUCUUUGACAGUAGUACCCUUACUAAACAUCAAAGAACACACACAGGGGAAAAACCAUAUACAUGCAUGGAGUGUGGAAAGAGCUUCAGUCGGAGUUCCUCCCUUAAUGUGCAUCGACGAACUCAUACAGGGGAGAAACCUUAUGAAUGCAUGGAGUGUGGAAAGAGCUUCAGUUGCAGCAAGUCUGUUAAAACGCAUCAUAUAAUUCACACACAGGAAAACCAUAUAAAUCCAUAUAAAUGCAUGGAGUGUGGAAAGAGAUUCAGAAACGGUGGCCACCUUAAUGUGCAUCAAAGAACUCAUACAGGGGAGAAACCUUAUGAAUGCCUGGAGUGUGGAAAGAGCUUCAGUGCCAGAAGCAACCUUAUUAGACAUCAAAAAACUCACACAGGGGAAAAACCAUAUAAAUGCCUGGAGUGUGGAAAGAGCUUCAGCAGCAGUGCCUACCUUACUAAACAUCAAAGAACUCAAGAAUUCACACGGGACAAACCCUACAAAUGUUUGGAGUGUGGAAAGAGCUACCGCCGCAGUAACCACCUUUCUCGACACCGGAGAACUCCUUCAGGGGACUAA